GCCGCUUUUCAUGGAACCAUCGAGCACGUACACGGUGCUCGCGAUUUUGCACGUCGGGGAAAGCUGCCCGUCCGGGGCACACGAGUGGCGAAAUGGUGGUCGCCGAUAAACGCAGAUAUCUGAUAGUUUCCACGGCGGGGCACUUUUUCAGCACGUCUGUACGACACGACGAGGAGGACGUUGAAGGUCGUGAAAUCCUCGAUCGUUUCUUGGAGCAGUCAUCAUGCAGGACUCUGUGCGCCAGGCCGAUCGACGAGGAUCAGGACCAAGUCCGUUUGAAAUUGAGCACGGAACUGACCGCUGGCAAGAACACGCUGGUCUUCUUCAAGGUGACAGCGGCGGCGGUCACCGAGGAAAACUUUCACGAUGUGGUCCAAGUGGCUUCGAUUGGCUGCGGGGACGGAUCGGUGCUGAUCGAAGGUCUUCGUCAAGUAUGGGCACCGACCCUUCGCUCAUCCGGCUUAAGUGCAUCAUACUUGAAAAAGUUGGAGGAGAAACUACUCAGCUCCGGAUUCUCGACCACCGUUGUGGAGGAAGAGGAAUUCUGGUUAAGAAAACGGGACGAGGUGAAACGGUCGCACGAGAAAACGGUGUGCGAGGAAGCCGCUAAGUCCGUGAAAAAUAUCAGGAUCGAACUCGAGAGCGCUGCAGUGUCGAGAGAUGGGUUGUUCGCUGUGGAAGAGGCUUGCGAGGCCAUUUCUGUCUUCGUCGACGAUCUAUGGAAAUUAGGAGAACCGGCGUACACCGAGGAACGAAUGAAGUCGCUCCUCGAUGUAAUCGGUAAUGAGGUGGUCGAGUUGGUGCAGAAUUAUCUCGAUGCAGUCGACGCAACCGACGCUCGUGCAAAGGACGAAACGAUCGUAUUCGGAGCAACGGUGUGCGAGAAAUGGAUAAACGCCACACAGAAAUUGACGGAGCUCUUCUGGCCGCAUCAUUCGCUUCAUCCCUGGCGUGGGCCGAUUUUCGUGCCCGGAAGAUGUUCAAAGCUUGGCAAAAGACUCAGGCAAAUUUCCGAGUUGCGCGCACAGCAUCGCCAAUUGAGCAGACUCCUGACGUCGAGCGAAAGAUCCGGACUCGGUAUCGAGAAACUGCUGCAGGCCUUCGACGACACAAAAGUUAUGCUGAGCGACGAUGAGCGCGACGACGAAUGGGACCGGCUGAAACUAAAGAUCGAGGAAGGCUUGGUACCGGCCGAGGAACGUGUCGCUCAGAAGCUGAAGGCUCACAUCGCCGACGCCGACACUCCAAGUUCCUUAGUAGCUGAAUUCGAGAGAUAUAGUGAGCUGAUGAAGAGGGAAGGCCUCAAGAGGGCUUUACGUGGAGAACGAGAAUCGCUGCUGUCGGCAUAUCGCGAUCUAAUCGAGAGUCGCUCGGCUGGUCCCGAUACGGAAUAUCUCCUGGAUGUUCCUAAAGUGCUACAAGAGGUUCAAGCCGCUCGAUCGGCGGAAGCACGACUAGAGAGCCUGGCUAAAUUAGGAAAAGAGUUGCUCGCUGAUCUCCCAGGCUAUGAAGAUGUGGCGGCGCAGUUAUCCAGUACAUUAAAAGACGUCGAAGAGAAAAAACGAGACUUGGUUGAAUCAUGGGUGAACAAUACCAAGAACGAUAUAGCCAGAAAAGAAUUAAGCCUGGGCACCGAUUCGCCGGUGGUUGAACUCACCGGCACUAAUAUGAUGAGAGUAACUUACGAUCCCCGUCUGAUGACCAUGAUCAGAGAAGCUAGAGCUUUAUCUGGCGAGGGUGUCGAGCUGCCGAGAGAGAUCAGAGAACUGGUGGACAGAGCAGCGUCUUUAGCUGGACGGGCUAGAGCUCUUCAGCAGGUCGCUACCUUCCACAAUACGAUCGGCGAUCGAAUGGUGCUUUCUCAGAGGCCGCUCAUGUUAACGAUAGCUCUUGAAUUAGCGCGAGCUGUCCAAGAACAAUCUGGUAUCGUUUGGUCUGAUCCUCAUCUCGUCGACGUGUACACUACUCGAUUGAAGGAGUUGGUGGUGAAGUUCGCUCGACAGAACUCAGAAUUGAUCUUGAAGCACUCCACAUUACGGGAUUAUGUGUCAAACCUGUUGAAAGGCGAUGCUGUGCAUCUUGUCGGGAAUCAGAACAUCUGGAAGGAGACGUUAAUGAGUAUGAGAGCGAUCGUCGACGUGGUGGAUUCGGAAUACGGUAACGCGAAGGCUUGGAAGCUGCACUGGGAUCGGCAACUUCUAAAGGCGUUGGGUGUAGCGUACAGGAACGCUUUACCAUCCUUGUCGAGGAAGCUGCCUGAACUUCGUGUGGAGCUCACUUUUCGUGAUGGGUCUUUGCAAUGGAGACCGCCGCUUGAGGAUAUUCGUGCAAAGUUAUAUUCGUCUAUUCGCCGAUCGCUAUCCAUUCCGAUCAAUUUCAGAGGCGUAGGAGACGUCAGCGACGCGCAUUUCGGCGAUCUGGUGCAGAAGAACGCGUAUCUUUUCAGCGGCGUUUACAAACAGAUUGAAAUCGCUUUAUCCACUCUUGAAUCGUUCAGGAUUAAGUGGCUGAACUUAGCGACGCCCGCCAAUAUUGAUGUGGGAGAACGAUUAAAAGGGAAACCUCCUCAAGAAUGGGCGAGAACUUUUAAGGAAGCCAAGCAAUGGGCUCAAGAGGUUGGAAAGUUGCGAGGCAGUGAUGUAAAGAUCCUGUGCAUAUGCGUGGACACCGCGACGACGAGAAACGAUUUGGAAACGGCAUCUCGUCAUUAUUGGGAACGCCUGUGCUCCGAUUUAAGGGCCGAGGCGUCUUCGCGACUGGUGGCUAUAGUGGAUUUCCUUUCCUUCGCGUCCAAGGAGUUAGAACGUAGGCCACGGGACGUGGAAGAAGUCGGAUUAGCUCAUGAAGCUCACGCGCGUAUCGAGCAACAAUCGGCAGGCAUUGCUGAGGAGAUGGAAGCUGUUGCUGUGCUCGCCAAAGUUAUGGCUGCGUGGACCAGCGAGAAGCUAGACGGCGUUAACGCAGCUCACGUCGCCUGGCAGGAUCUGGGUGAUCGCUUGGAAAAGCACAAGGUUGUUAUGGCACGUCUGUUGGAAGAUGCUAAAGUGAACCUUCGUCAUAAAGCAAUAGCUUUGAGAGAUGAAAGAGAAAGAUGGCAGGCGAAGUGGUCUACAAGAUCAGAAAACAUGUCGCUCGAGUGGCUUCUAUUGAUGAAGGAACGCUGGAUCAAUCUAAACGAGCAAAUGGAUUCUUUGAAAGCGGAUUGUAAAAGAAUAACUCUGGACCUCGAAAAUGUCCUGGAAGACGAUGAUAUUAAUCUGUCGCAAUUAGAACGAGAAUUGGAGGCCGAGGAGUCAAAUUAUAGGUUCCAAGCCGAAUUUCUGGAGGAGCUAAAGAAUCAGGAAAUUGAGGAAUGGGCUGUGGCUAGAAGAAGACUACCGAGACUUCACGAUUGGCUUGAUUCAUGGGAGAGCAAGAUUCGCUUGCACGACAACAUAGAAACCGAUACUUUUGCCGGUAGGAAGAUAAACGAAAUUCGGUCUGCAAUCGAAUCUAUUCAGCUGCUUCGGGGAGACGAGAUCGCCGACGAGCACUGGACCGAGUUAAUACCAAUACUCGGUCUGAAAGUUGAGAAUCCACGAGAUAUCACCUUGGGUCAUUUGCUCGGUGCCAAAAAGGCAUUAACGGAAAAUGAGGAUCGAGUAAAAGAAAUAACAAAACGAGCGGUCGCGGAAUUAGGAAUUCGACAAGCGUUGAUAGACCUGGAGAUCUGGGAAGGAACCGCAGGACUUCCGUUGCAAGAAACGACUGACAGCAAGAAUAUGAUUAUCCAACUUGUUAGUGAUUAUGGCAGUCUGUUAGCGAAAACAGAGGAACUGAGACUCCUACUGGAAGGAGCGAAGGGUACAUCAGGACACGAUAGGUUCGCAUCUAGAGUCGCACGUUGGGAAGCAGCUUUAUCAGAACUCGAAGAAAGGAUCAAAGUACUUAGCACUGUACAGAGGAAGUGGAUCUACUUGGAUCCAGUCUACGGGAGUGGAGCGGCUCCUAGCGAUUCCGGACGAUGGUCAAGGGCUGACAAAGAAUUUAGACAUCUCAUGGGAGAUGUAUCGCGGGAUCCUAGAGUGCCAUCCUUGAGGCGAUUGCCGUUACCUGCUUUAAUAAAUUUGAAGGAUCUGCUAGAUAGAUGUCAGAAAAGUCUGGAUGAAUUUCUAGAGGAAAAACGAGCGGCUUACCCAAGAUUAUACUUUCUUAGCGAUGAGGAUCUUCUCGAAUUGGUAUCGGCCAGUGGGAGAGGCUUAGAGGCUCAUCUACCGAAGUUGUAUCACGGUGUGGGUUCGGUAGUAAAGGAGAACGAUACGUUGACGGCGAUUGUGUCGCCCGAGGGAGAAAUGUUGAAGUUACCGGAGGCCGUCGAUCUCACGCAAUCUUUGCCAGAAUGGCUGGACAAUCUCGAGAAGGGAAUGCAGAAGGCUCUCCGUCAUAAUUUGGAGAAAUGUUUGAGCAGUUCUACGCCUGAUCCGUCCAUUUAUCCUACUCAAGUAUUAUUACUCUCAGAACGAAUAAGAUUUACUGAACGCUGUGAGCAAGCUUUGAAAGAGGGUCGUGCAGCCUUGCAGAAGCUGGUUGAAUUUUUGGAGUCACAACGGGCGAGAUACAGAGGAUUGGAAGACGCUGGUGACAAGCUAACCUCAUUGAAAGCACGUGGUCUUCUCUUGGAUACUGUUCAUCAUCUGCAAGUAGCCAGAACGUUACUGAAGACCGUGAUAGCCGGCGAGAAUACCGGUUGGUUGUGGUACAAACAAUUGAGGAGUUACAAGACAAAUCAAGGUGCAUACGUGGUACGAUGCGCCGGUGCGGAGUUACCUUACCGCUUCGAGUACCAUGGAGCAUCCAUCGGUCUUGUGAGGACUCCCUUGACGGAGAGAUGUUUCUUGGCUCUUACGCAAGCCAUGAAGCUUGGGUUAGGCGGAAGUCCGACGGGUCCCGCUGGAACUGGAAAGACUGAAAGCGUCAAAGCGUUAGCAUCUAUCUUAGGUAGACUCGUUCUCGUCUUCAACUGCGAUGAGGGAAUGGACACUGGUAGUAUGAAGCGUAUCUUAGGCGGGUUGGCGCAGGCUGGUGCCUGGGGUUGCUUUGACGAGUUUAAUCGUCUCGAGGAGGACACCCUGAGUGCGGUGUCGAUGUUGGUGAGGCCUCUUCAGGAAGCGAUACAGAACGGUUCGCCCGACAUCCUACUGGGCGACCAGAAAAUCAAGCUAGAUCCUCACUGCUGCAUCUUCAUCACGAUGAAUCCAGCCGAAUAUGGAGGUCGACGCAAACUGCCGGAUUCUUUGGCGAGGCUCUUCAGGCCAAUUAAUAUGGCGCGUCCGGACAAAUCGGACAUCGUUAAAACUUUGUUGGAGUGCGCCGGAUUUUUAGAAGCUAGCACUCUCGGUAAACGACUCGUGGAGGCCCUCGAGAUCGCCGGAACCAUGCUCUCCGAACAGCCGCACUACGACUGGGGUCUUAGAUCGCUCAAAUCCGUGCUUGACGCAUUGCUUCCGACCGCCGACGUCGACGAGACCACCAGACUUCUCGUCUCGAUCAAAGCGUCCACACUCCCGAAACUGACGGAGGCAGACACGAUGAAAUUCAUGGCGCUGUUGAAUGAUCUCUUCCCGAACGUUAAUCCGUCACUAUCCGUCUCUACCGACGGCGAGGACUUGGUUAAUGCAUUGUGGAAGAUCUGCGAGACUCGGGGGUUGACGAAAGAGAUCGCCAACAGAUGUAUGCAAUUGAACGAUCUGUUGAGAAGUAGAACCGGCGUAGCUAUAGUUGGUCCGUCUGGCAGCGGGAAAACGUCAAUUAGGUCGUGCUUAGCCGAAGCCAUGGCAAAAGUCGGUGAGCCCGUACAGCAGAUCAUAGUUUAUCCAGGUGCGGUACCAAAGAGCAGACUGUUAGGACACGUAAAUCCGCAGACGAGAGAAUGGAAAGAAGGUGUUCUGUCGAGCGCGAUUACGUCAGCUGGAGAUUCCGCGACCUGGAUUAUCUUUAACGGAGACGUGGAACCUGAUUGGGCGGAAGCUUUAAACUCAGCUCUGGACGAUAAUCGAUUGUUGACAUUACCAAACGGAAUAGGAGUUCGGCUUGGUAGCGGCACAAGAUUUAUUUUCGAGACCCACAAGCUCGCUGAUGCCAGCCCGGCUACUGUUUCACGGGUGGGUGUUCUGCAUCUUGGAUCGACGAGAGCGACGUUCUUGCUGGUGCCAUGGCGAAUAGAACAACUCUCUGCAACGGCUGCGGAAGUUGCAAACGCUCAUUUAUGCUCAUGUAUCGAUGAAACACUGAAGAUCAACCUCGAUGAGUCAUCUGCGUCUGGUCUGAUGGAUGCUGCGUUGUGUCAUCUCAGUAAAGCUCAAACAUUUACGCAAGCCACUUACGCUCUUUUGCUCUCAUUAUGCGGCCAAGUGAAAAAUCAAGAAUCCAGAGAUAAUUUGGCGAAAUUUAUCUACGGGUCGGUUGAUAGCUGGUGUCCUGACCCACAAAAGCCAAGUGCCGUCUUGUACGACCGCGAAACUGAUCGACUGGAACCGUUCAAAGAUACAUAUGAAUCCGUCGACAGCGAUUAUGGGCCUAUUUCGAUUUCAGAUUUUAUCAGAAAAGCUGUAGCAGCUAUUUUGCCGUGGAUAGAAGAAGAUUAUCCGAUCAUGAUUCGUGGACCUGAAGGUUGCGGAAAGAACAUUCUAAUCAACGCUGCGUUGUGGACAAUUAAAAGUCACGAUAACAUGACUGUCGUGAGAGCAUCUUCGCUUUACGGACCUGACGAUCUCGUGAGUCGUCUGAAAAAAGCUUGUUUGCGCCUAGAGUCCUCCUCACAGGGUAGAACAUACAAGCCAAGAAACGGAACUCGAGUGCUUCUCAUCUUGGAAGACAUGCAUCUCGCCGCUAAAGAUUUGCAGGAAUUAAUAAGGGAAAUGCUUCAAGAGAAAGGAUUCCUCGAGGAUGAUCUUGAAUUCUCCAAAGUGUCUUUAACGAUCCUAUGCACCGCCGAUGAAACUACUCGAUUACAUCCGAGACUUGAAGCUUUAUUCGCAACUUAUUAUCUAGAAUAUCCGAAUCAAAAGGAUAUUGCAGCAAUUCUCGGACUUCACUUGAGAAAUUCUUUGAUGGAAGUUGACACUAUUACAGCGGAAUCCUGGAUUGCUCGAAUGAUGCCUAAUAUGUUGGAUGCUUUCCGAUUUGCCUGUUCCUCUCAAGAAUCUUCUAUGAUUUGGACUCUCAAGGAUAUUGUCUCUUGGGCAACGCGCUUGAAGUAUUAUCCUACUCCCGAAAAUGAGACUGAUAUCUCUCGUCAUUUAUUAGAUAUCGGCCGCCGGCUAUUUCGCUCAGGAUUAACGCCCAAUGCACAGACACGAUGGGAGUCUAUAUUACUCUCAAAAGAGUCCGAAGUGAAAGAUUUCGCUAACGAUUUGUAUGUGUGGAAGAACGUGAACGGUCUGUAUCCUUUGAGCGAAGAGCAGUGGCGGGAAGAAAUAAUCAAUACAGCAGCCAGAUGCACCAGAGAAGGUCAACCGGUGCAGGCACCGAUCUCUACUUACCUCUUAGAAACCGUAGCUGGAUUGAGCUGGGCUGUGGGUUGCAAUUUUCGCGGUAUGAUCCUCAUCGGACGACCAGGAGCGGGUAGAAGGUCAGCAGUUAAACUGGCUGCGACCUUCUCUUCCCUUCGGCUGAUUGACUCGGGACCUGAACGUGGUAGAGCGUCAAUAAAGAGCGCCGUGCAAGCCGCAGGUAUCGAGAGCCAACCGACGUUGCUUCUACUGGAGGAACACCACACCAGGGAAGAGAGCUUAGCCGUGUUGGUGAGCGCUAUCGUAUCCAAAGGAGAAGUUCCAGGUCUCUUUGCAGCGGAUGAACUCGAUGCGUUAGUCGCUCCACUGACCGAUCUCGCCCGAAGAGAAGAUUUUCAAGGAACACCGGAACACUACUUGUAUCAUCGUCUGCGCAAGUAUCUCCGAGUAGCGGUGAUCUUAGACUCUGCGGAGAUCGAGUCGUCGCGAUUGUUACAUUUGGAUCUUCUUCGACAUUGCGCGCUUCUCGGAUCCGGUUCCGGUCCUAGCGAGUGGUGGUCUCGGGAGAGCUCCUUGAUCAAAUUGGCGAUUCAAGAAGGGACUCUACAGCUGGACGAGCUCGAGGAGUUAUCGGCUGGCGCGAAGGUGAUGAUCGGAGCUCAUUUGCAAGCACCUCGUCAUCAAAGAGCGCCGGCAAGAUUCUUGGCUGUGGUGCACACCUGGAAGCAUCUCCGCGACAUGUGGAGCAAAGAAGUCGAAGGGAAGCUGCAGUCUCUCGAAGCGGGCAUCGGGAAACUGAGAGAAGCCGGCGAGCAGGUGGCUAAAUUGGAGGACGAUGUAUCCACGCAACGCCAAGAGCUCGAGGUGGAGAAAGGAAGAGCCAAUGCUGCUCUUGAGCAAAUCACUGCGACGAUGAGAGGAGCCACUAACCAAAGAGGUGAGAUGACGAACUUGAAAGCCAAUACAGAACGAGAGAGCAUCGAGCUCGCGCGACGUAAGGCGGAUAUAGAGGGCGAAUUAGGAAAAGUUGAGCCCUUGGUAUCACAAGCUGCUCAAGCAGUGGCUGGCAUAAGUGCCGACGCGCUGGCUGAAGUCCGUUCGUUGAGAGCACCUCCGGCACCAGUGAGAGAUGUGCUCGAAGGUGUUCUUCGUCUAAUGGGCAUAAAAGACACAUCUUGGAACAGCAUGAAGACUUUCCUCGCGAAGCGAGGCGUUAAAGACGAAAUCAGAAAUUGGGAUGCGAGGCGUAGCACACCCACUAGCUUAGAAGCGGUGGCCAAGCUGGUGAAAGAACGUCCGGAUAGUUUCGAGGAAAAAACGGCGAAAAGAGCAUCGGUAGCGGCCGCUCCUUUGGCAGCAUGGGUACUCGCAAAUCUCCAAUAUGGUCAAAUAGUGCAGCAAGUCGCUCCUUUGGAACGGGAACAACGACAAUUAGCUGAUCGAUUAGCAGCAGCCGAAGCACAAUUGGACGAGUUAGCCGCUGGAUUAAACACGGUGGAGAGCCGCGUGGCACAGCUGCAGAAAGAACUUGCCGAGCACACGAGGGGUGCAGCUGAGCUGCAGUUACGAACUGAAUCCACCGAGGCCAGUCUGUCGACGGCUCGAGCUCUUUUGCAGAAGCUCGAUACUGAGCAUCGCGAUUGGCAAACUCAGUUCCAAGAGUUGACAGACAGAAAAGAAAAAUUAGACGUUGAGGCAGCUAAUGCAGCGACUCUACUCGUAUAUCAGGAUCCUGAAAAGGACGAUAACUGGAAGAAAUCCGCCAUGAAAUUGCUAGUUACCGAACGCGAGAGAUUAUUAUGGAGAGCACAAGGAUUACCGGCGGACACGAGCAGCUUGGUCGCAGCCUCUCGCGUCUUGAAAAGUCCCUUGGUACCUAUUUUCCUCGAUCCUUCGGGCGUAGCUGUAUCCUGGCUUAAACGUAACAUCGGCUCCAGACUCGAGGUCACGCAACCUGAAAGCUCCAAAUUCCUCACGGCUUUGGAGCUAGCGGUGCGCUUCGGAAAACCCCUUUUGGUCGAGGAACUAGUUGAUUUCCCGUCAAUAUUGUUACCUCUUCUUCGCCGGAGGCCGCUCAGGCUGGGCGAUCGCGUUCUGCCGGCUCAGCAAGGUUUCGAGAUUUUCUUAGCCACCAGGAAGGAUAGAUUGGAAGAUAUUCCGCAGGAGGCCGACGCUGUAUUAUGUGAGAUCAUGCUCGGCACCGGCACGAAAAGCUUGGCGGAGAGAUUCGUAGAAAAGCUCCUACUGAACGAGACUCCGGAACUCGAGACGCAAAGAAGAGAAGCUCUGGAAAGAGAAGAAAAAUUAUCCGGGGAACGAGAUGCGGCCAGAUUGGAUUUAUUGAGCCAGCUAGCUACAGCUAGAGGCCAGGAUCUCUUGCAGGAAGGAGGACUUCUCUCUUCGUUGGAAGCCACGCAGUCUAAAGCAAAGGAGAUAGCCCUUGCUCUCGAGGAAAGCAGACAAAGUUUGAAUGAAGUUACAAGACGAGCUAAAGAUCACGAGAAAUUCGCGCAGUUUGCUGCUACCGUUUACGAGACUGUCAGCGGACUGACGCUACUCAGCUCCUUAUACGUCAUCUCUACAGAAGCCUACACGGAUCUUUGUUUAAAGGCCGUGCAGGGUGAUUAUAUUGUGGCAGACGAAGACAGGGAGAAAAAGGAAUCGCAGAGUGUAAUCGAGAAACGAUUGAUAACUCUGACGUAUCAUCAUUGUGCUAAGGCGAUUUACAGGAAGCACAGGCUUCCUCUGGCACUACACAUGGCACUAUCCUUAAAUCCAGUUUCGGACGACGAGAGGAAUCUCUUGUUUGACAGCAGUGGCGAUUCGGACUUCGAAUUGCCCAAUUGGGUGCCAGAUGAACGACGUGGGGCUGUGCAAGCCUUAGGUUCCUCUCUACCUGAUGUUGCCGUUAGAAUGAAAUCUUCUUGGCUGAAGGAUAUUUCCAACAUUUACGCAGACAAUGGACUCAGCGCCUUCCAGAAAGUCAUGGUCGUGAAGGCUCUGCGACCCGACUACUUGCACACCGCUCUUUCGAAGCUGGCUGCGAGUCAAUUAGGUGUAAAGGACUUGGCACCACCCUUAUGGACACUGGGUGCCAUAGCUCAAGAAAAAGGUUCGUAUCCCGUGCUGUUGUUGUUAUCGCCCGGGGCCGAUCCUGGUCCCGAACUGAGUGCACUCGCUACAAAACACUCUUCGGCAUCUUCUGGAUUUACCGAGAUUUCUCUGGGUCAAGGACACAUUAUUCAAGCAGAAUCAGCACUAGAGGUAGCGUGCAGAAACGGCAGCUGGAUAUUAUUGAGCAACUUGCAACUUGCUCUGAAUUGGUUACCGCGACUGGAAAGUCUACUUCGCUCACCAAUGUGCACCACGAGCAAAAAUCCUUCUACGAGGAUUUGGCUAACCACCGAGGAGUGCUCGGGUUUCUAUCCUGGCUUAGCGGCGCUCUGCCUGAAACUGGCAUAUGAACCACCCGAAGGAGUGAAGAGGAACAUGAGGAAGUCGCUCCAGCAGCUUCGACAGACGCAAACCAACAAUGACGGUGCGGUGGCUGUAAUGGUUCUCUCUUGGCUGCACGCGACACUGCAAGAACGACGGAAUUUUGUUCCUCAGGGUUGGAUCAGGUCGUACGAAUGGAACGACUCGGAUCUCGAGGCAGCCUAUGAGUUGGUGAUCAAAGAAAUGGCGAAGGAGAAGCAAUCACAGCAAGGUGAUUGGCAAGUCGGUAGAGGUUUACUCGACGUCGCAGUCUACGGCGGUCGUCUUCAGGAUGACUACGAUGCGAGAGCGUUACGCUCGAUGAUACGCGACGCAUGGUCCAAAGACAUCUUCGAGGGUCGCCGGAAGCUAGGCGGCGUAUUGAAGAUAACUGACGUGACGCUUAUUGAUCCGAUUAAAUCGCUGGACAAUCUGGACGAUACUGAUUCACCGAAGGAGUACUACGGUCUUCCGGCUAAUGCUCACAGAGCAUGGGAAAGGGCUGCCGCGGAGAAAGCCUUGACGUAUCUCAAAGGCAUCUUAAUGAAACAUCUCAGCGGUAACGAAGGAAGCAGCGAUAAAGUAGAAAAAUCAAGAGUUCAACAGGAUCUAAAGGAAAUCAUCGAUCGGCAGUGCUCGUCGACGUUCACGUAUGACACGGGUGCGGUGCGCGAAAAUAAGAGAGAUCCAUUACAGGACUUUUUCGUGGACGAGAUCGAUCAUAUCAAGAAAUUACUGAAUGUUGUACGAACAGAUAUGGACAUGUUAUCUUUCGAAGAUAGCGAGACUCCCAAACAUUGGCUUACGGAGUGGCGAGCUGGGCCGAGGAAUGCCGUUCAAUUCGUGAAGGCACUCUUGUCCAAGUACGAAGCGCUGAAAUCCUCACCGAUGAGUAUACCACGUAGAGUCGAUCUAUCUCAAUUAUCUCGACCCCGCGCUCUUCUAACUGCGCUGAAGCAAUACACCGCGCGAGAACUUGGUCAUCCGCUGGAAGUACUUCAACUCUGCGCAAACUGGACCGAGAAUCGAGCGAACAGGGAUUGGAAGGUGUCACUGUCACUUGAAGGUCUACUUGUAUCAGGUGCUUCGAUCGAGGAAGGCGCGCUGAGGGACUUGGACGCAAACUCGCCGGCAGUUGCGGUCGCUCCGACGUGUCAAGUGGCGUUCAUGCCCGACGAAUAUUCGGAAGAUAAGUCCGGUGAUGAUAAUUUCAACGCUCACGAGGACAUGCAUCCGAAAGAUCACUUAAGUAUACCGGUUUACGCAAGCGUUCAACGGGAGACUCUAAUCUGCUCGUUACCGAUAACAUGUCCGAGAGAGGAGCGCGACGCGUGGUUACGUCGUGGCGUCAUUCUGUAUCUGAGAUCUUAGCGCAAUCAUCUCCAAUCUCGGAGCCAAUGAUGAAGAUUCAGGAUGAAUCGCGACCGGCGUAUAAAACGUUAAAGUAGAUCUCUCAUUAAGAUCUCCAAUGAAAAUCGGUUGUGGAAGAGAGCGUCGAGAUAUGAAUAAUUUCUUACAAGUGGUAUAUAUAAGACAAAGAUAUACAUUCUUUUUAGGUUUCAAAGAGAUACGAUAGAUAAGUUUCUACAAGUGUUUCUUUGUUUUUUAUUUAAAUUUAGAUGGAGAUUAUUUCAACAGAAUUCCCAUCAGGUAUAAUCACUAAGAUAUAUAAUGUUGAGAAUUUAAAGAGCACAUACACAUAAUCUUUUAACGUUUAUCUAUAAAGAUUUCCACUAGAUCUGAAUGAUCAAUCGUGCCAUAUCACUCAUGCAAUAAUUAUAAAUCUCUUCGUGUAAAGUGUGAACAGUUUAAAAAGAAUUAAUACUAUUUAGAUAUAAGACAUUCCAUGAGAAACGUAAGUUCCUAAUCUGUACAAAACCUUAAAACUUUGAUUGUAAUAUGCUACUUAUUUAUUUAUUUAUUUAUU